AUGUUGAAAAUCAAGAGGGUUCCUACCGUCGUGUCGAAUUACCAGAAGGAUGAGGCGGCUGAUGAGUCCGUCGGCUGUGGACGGAAUUGCCUCUCUGCUUGUUGCAUUAACGGAGCAAGACUUCCAUUGUACGCUUGCAAGAAACUGGAAAUAUCUGUCGUCGGCGAGAAGCCGGUAGAGCCUCCUGUGGCUUUUCUCGAAUCUCUCGUUCUCGGAGAGUGGGAGGAUAGGUUCCAAAGAGGACUUUUUCGCUACGAUGUCACAGCCUGCGAAACCAAACUCAUUCCGGGCAAGUAUGGUUUCGUGGCUCAGCUUAACGAGGGUCGUCACCUAAAGAAGAGGCCUACUGAGUUCCGUGUUGAUAAGGUUCUGCAGGAUUUUGAUGGCAACAAAUUCAACUUCACUAAAGUUGGCCAAGAAGAGUUGCUCUUCCAGUUUGAAGCUGGUGAAGAUGGCGAAGUUCAGUUCUUCCCGUGCAUGCCUCUUGAUGCUGAUAAUUCUCCCAGUGUUGUUGCCAUCAAUGUUAGUCCGAUCGAGUAUGGCCAUGUGCUGCUGAUUCCUCGUGUUCUUGACUGCUUGCCUCAGAGGAUCGAUCACAAAAGCUUUUUGCUUGCACUUCACAUGGCUGCUGAGGCCGCUAAUCCUUACUUCAGACUCGGUUACAACAGCCUUGGUGCUUUUGCCACUAUUAACCAUCUUCACUUUCAGGCAUAUUACUUGGCCAUGCCUUUCUCAUUAGAGAAAGCUCCUUCCAAGAAGAUGAUUACCACUAUCAAUGGUGUGAAAAUCUCAGAGCUUCUGAGUUACCCUGUGAGAAGUCUUCUCUUUCAAGGUGGAAACUCUAUGCAAGACCUAUCUGAUACUGUAUCAGACGCCUGCAUUUGCCUCCAGAACAACAACAUUCCUUUCAACAUUCUCAUCUCUGAUUGUGGAAGGCAGAUCUUCUUGAUGCCACAGUGUUACGCAGAGAAACAGGCUCUAGGUGAAGUAAGCGCCGAGGUGUUGGAAACGCAGGUGAAUCCAGCCGUGUGGGAGAUAAGUGGUCACAUGGUGCUGAAGAGGAAAGAGGAUUAUGAAGGAGCUUCAGAGGAGAAUGCAUGGAGGCUCCUUGCAGAAGCUUCUCUGUCAGAGGAAAGGUUUAAGGAGGUUAAUGCUCUCAUCUUUGAAGCAAUAGGUUGUAGUAACCAAGAUGAGCUCGAAGGAACCGUAGUUCACCAGCAAAACCCUAGUAACCAGAAGAGCAACCGAACCCAUGGAGGUCCGAUCACGAGUGGGACUGCCUCUGAGUGCAUUGUCCUUCAGUGA